AUGCUGACCAAGACUCGGCAGGUCGAGACGGGCAAGGCCGCGGCCGCCGCGGCGGAGCCCAGCGAGCCGGCCGCGCCGGGAGCGCCGCAGAAGGCGGCGCCAAAGAAGGUCCGCAGGAAACCAGCGGCCGCGCAGGUGGCGGUGGCGGAGCCUGCGGGGUGCGACGUGCCAAGCGGUUCCAGCGACGCCUCCACGGUGGCGCCUGCUAGCGAAGCUGGUGCGGAGGCCGGCACGCCCAAUCGCGCGCUUUUCGACUUUCUGGCGGAGAACGACUCGCCGCCCCUGCAGGUGCCAAGCUCGCAGCCUUCCGGGGCAGAGCUUCUUUACCGACUUUCGGUGGCCGUCAAGCAGUGA